AAAAAUCACUAAAAAAUGAAGUGUCUUUGUUGUAUUUUUCUAACUUUUAUUCUCCUUAUCGUUAUUAUUCCAAUUGCUUUAUUCAUCGGAUUCUAUAAGCCAAGAACUUUCGGGAGUCAUCCGAAACACGUGGAUCAUUUGGUAAAUGGGACAUCCUCUUCAGUUCCAGUUCCAUCAGAAUAUUCUACUGAUAAUUCGGAAAUCGAACUAGUUGAAGGAAGCAUGGAUGGAGGUUCUCAAGAAUUUCCGAAAUCUGAUGAGCUUAUUAUGAAUAUGACUGAUCCAAUUCAUAAAUUACCUGAAACGGAAGAUGAGACAAUAUCGGUGAAGGCUGAGAAACCGAUGAAAAUGGAAAAGAACGAAAAAGUGGAAGAAUUGAAAUCAGGAGAAGUAAUUGAAGAAGAAGAAGAAACACAAGUUGUUGUGAAAAGAAAGAAUAAUAAUAAUAAGAGAAAUAAGAAUUCCCAGAAUAUUGAGAAAAAUGGAAUAACGGAUUCGUUCGAAGAUUUUGAUAAUUAAUGGAUUUUUUGAAGAAUAUAAAGUUUAUGUUAAUUG